GGGAGGGGCGGGGGCGGCGCCGAGGGGAAUGAAUAAUUGAAGUAGAGGGGAGGAGGAAGAGGAGGAGAAGGAGGAAGAGGAGGAGGAGGCAGGAGCCGCCUGCAAAGGGUCCUUCCCACCCCGCCACCCCCCUCCGCCGCCCGGAAGUCGCUCCCCGCCUCCUGCUCCGCCAACAUGGCCGCGAAGUCGAAUGGAGUGGCGGCCGCGGCCGGCCCGGGGCCGGAGGGGGCGGCCGGAGGAGCCCGGGGUGGUGGCGGCGGGCGCGGGGAGGCGGCGGCGGUGGCCGUGGGCCCCGGGGGCACCGCGGCGGGAAGCCCGGGGCCGCGCUACGAGCUGCGGGACUGCUGCUGGGUGCUGUGCGCGCUGCUCGUGUUCUUCUCCGACGGCGCCACGGACCUGUGGCUGGCGGCCUCCUACUACAUACAGGGCCAGCGCACCUACUUCGGCCUCACGCUGCUGUUCGUGCUGCUGCCCUCGCUGGUCGUGCAACUGCUCAGCUUCCGCUGGUUCGUCUACGACUACACGGAGCCAGAGGGGGCCCCGGGACCCGUUGUCAGCACCAAGGACAGCAGUGUCGGUGGGUCUGUCUUCAGCACCAAGGACAGCUCCGGCGCCUUCCGGACCAAAGAAGGCAGCCCCGAGGUGGGCCCCCAGCCCGCGCCCUCCUCGGCCAGCUCCUUCCGCCGCCGCUGCUGCCGCCUCUGCGUCUGGCUGCUGCAGACCGUCGUCCACCUCCUGCAGCUGGGCCAGGUCUGGAGGUACCUGCGCGCCCUGUACCUGGGGCUGCAGAGCCGCUGGCGCGGGGAGCGGCUGCAGCGCCACUUCUACUGGCGGAUGCUGUUCGAGAGCGCCGACGUGAGCAUGCUGCGCCUGCUGGAGACUUUCCUGCGCAGCGCGCCGCAGCUCGUGCUGCAGCUCAGCCUUCUCUUGCACCGCAGCGACAGCGACAGCGAUAAUAACACCAACGCGUUCCAGCAGCUUCCGGUCAUCUCCACCUUUGCCUCCCUCCUGUCCCUGGCCUGGACCCUGGCCUCCUACCAGAAGGUGCUGCGGGACUCACGGGAUGACAAGCGACCGCUGUCCUACAAGGGUGCCGUGGUCCAAGUGCUGUGGCACCUGUUUACCAUCGCAGCGCGUGGCCUGGCCUUCGCACUCUUUGCCAGCGUCUACAAGCUCUACUUUGGCAUCUUCAUUGUGGCUCACUGGUGCAUCAUGACCUUCUGGGUCAUCCAGGGUGAGACGGACUUCUGCAUGUCCAAGUGGGAAGAGAUCAUCUACAACAUGGUGGUGGGCAUCAUCUACAUUUUCUGCUGGUUCAAUGUCAAGGAAGGCCGCAGCCGCCGCCGCAUGACCCUCUACUACUGCAUUGUCAUGCUUGAGAACGCCGUACUCACUGGCUUCUGGUACUCCAGCCGCAACUUCGCCCCCGACUUCCGCUCACUCAUCUUGGUCUGUGUGGUGGCCUCCAGCUUCGCACUGGGCAUAUUCUUCAUGUGUGUCUACUACUGCCUCCUGCACCCCAAUGGGCCCAUGCUGGGCCCUCAGGCACCUGGCUGCAUCUGUCCUGAGGCCUCAGCGUCCUGUGGCCCGCCAGCUGACACUGUCACAAGUCCCCCGAGGUCUCUGCCAAGGACUACAGGUGCAGAGCGGGAUGGGGCCUCAGUAGGGGGUGAGCGGGCUGGGACCCCUACACCACCUGUCUUCCAGGUGCGACCUGGCUUGCCUGUUACACCAGUGACCCGCACCUUGCGGACAGAGGGGCCUGUGAUUCGGAUUGACUUGCCCCGUAAGAAGUACCCGGCAUGGGAUGCUCAUUUUAUUGACCGCCGGCUCCGGAAGACCAUCCUGGCGCUGGAGUACUCCUCUCCCACCACGCCCCGGUUGCAGUACCGGAGUGUGGGGACCUCUCAGGAGUUGUUGGAGUAUGAGACCACAGUGUAGGCCAGUCUUCCCCUCCAAAAGGGACAGACUUGGCUGAUCCCACAUCAACCACAGUGUUGAGCCCUGAAUUCCAGGGCUGCCAGGCUGAGGUGGGGGGUGGAUCUGUUGGCCCAAGUGUAGAGUGGCCCUGCCAUUGGGUCUUUCAGAGGAGGGGAAGUCUGGUGGAGGCUCCAGCCCUAGGCUCUUUUUUCAGCCCUGGGGCCCAUCCCCUAAAGUCCCCUGAAUCAGGGCCCGGGGAAUCAACUGGUGCUACACUCAUCAUGAGCUCACCACUCAUAUGGUGGCCUCCA